AUGCCGCUCCUUGAAGCUACUCGCGCCGACGAGAGGCAUCUGCAGGACAUAGCAGAUACCAUAGCUUCCUCGCACAAGAUACUGAUUGUGACUGGUGCUGGCAUCAGUACAAGUAUCGGCAUUCCGGAUUUCCGCUCCAAGGACGGCCUCUACAACCUCAUUCCCGAACAGACACUCCCAAGCCCACCCCCUUCACAGCCCUCAACCCCGUCCAAGGAACGUUUUGCUUCCCCAACCGGGACGCCUUCACGCAAACGCAAGGCGUCGGAGUCUGUGGACGAGGAUCAAGGUGAUCUGCCCCCUUCUACCCAAAGUUCAACGUCUAGCAGACGAUCGUCGGUGACUCCGACCAAGAGGCUUCGUGGCCAGGACCUCUUUGACUCGAGGGUGUUCAAUAGCGCCGACUCAACAACAAUAUUCUACCGCUUCAUCGCGUCCCUGCGUGAGAAAAUUCAUGACGAUGUUAAGGAAACUAGCGCGACGCACAAGUUCAUCCGAGUUCUCCGUGACGGUGGUCGGUUAAUGCGAUGCUACACCCAAAAUAUCGACGGUCUGGAAGCAAGAGAAGGGUUAGUCAUGGAUCUCAAGCGAGGCAAGGGCACUCGGCGCAGAUUUCAGAAAAAGUACUGGGCAGAACCACGACCAGAUCACCCAGCCGGUUCCCACCACGACGGUGGUUGUGAGGUGGUCCAACUCCAUGGCGACCUUGACACACUCAGGUGCUCAGUCUGUGCUACCCAGUGGACCUGGACCGAGAACGAGACUGAAGUCUUCACAGAUGGCUUUGCUCCGCGAUGUAAAAAGUGCGCGAGAAAGAGCGACGAAAGACAGAAGACUGGAAAAAGAGGUCUUGCUGUGGGAUCGCUUCGGCCAAACAUCGUGCUGUACGGCGAGGACCAUCCCCAAAACAGUCUUCUCAGCCCCUUCGUCCCGUACGAUGCAGGUAGUCAACCUGAUGUUCUCAUUAUUAUGGGCACAUCCUUGAAAGUCUUUGGCUUGCAGAAAAUCAUUCGCGAAUUUGCAAAAGCAGUUCACGCGCAGAAGAAAGGCAAAGUCAUCUUUGUCAAUCGGACCAAGCCAGCUGAGAGUGUCUGGGACAAUUUCAUCGACUACUUCAUCCCAAUGGAUUGUGAUGACUGGAUCGACGAUCUCAAGUUACGUCGAUCAGACUUGUGGUUCCGGCAAGGCGAGCUCGACCUUAAGGUUUCAAAGAAGACCUCAGUGAAGCGAAAGAGGAAGUCCGAGGACGGCGAGGACAUCACACUGAAGCGGCCAACGAAGAAGCCGAAGUUCUGGGUUGAGAUACCUUCUCAGCAGCCAGAUGACGGGGUCGGCAAUGCGACCAUGCUUCAACCAGCUGUGCUUCCACUCACGCCUCGUCACAACCAUGCGAACUCGCAGUCGUUGAGGAGAAACUUGCUCUCGCCCCUGACGAACGCGAAGAGACCUGACAUUUCUCCCAUGACAGACUGUUCUCAUCCUCGAACACCUACAAGAGCCGACGCUUUUGCACGAAUGGCUUCCCCAAAGGCUCCGGCAUACUCGCCUCUAACGCCUGCCACGUUUGCUCCAAGCAGUCUGCAGCACGCAAUGAGUGCUGAAUCCGAUUUCGGUGUUGAGAUUCAGGAGAGCGAUCACGAGAAAGAAAAUAUGCCGAAUCAGAAGCAGCCAGGACCUUCGGUCGAAGAAGAUACGAUCGUUGUUACUCCAUGCAAGAGAAGAUUUUCGAAGAAUGCUGAGCUCCCAGCGCCUCUCGACAAGGUAGAAGAGGCCGAGAUGCGCGCCACAAGAUCGACUAGAGAGUUGUUCCCACUGGACCGGCUCAAAGCAGCAGUAGUCUCAGCUCUCAGGUCGCGUCGGGCUCGCGCCUGA